GCCAGCAGCCACGAGGCCCUAGUGGAACCACGGGGACACGCAGUGCGCAGACCCGGCCAGGCCACGCCCCCGCGCCCGGCGCCGCAGUCCGGACAACACGCGCACUGCGUGCAGCGCCAGGGACGGCACUCGGCGCAGGCGCAGGACCGCAGGGAGGGGGGGCGCGGCGCCGGGGCGCGGACAGCCCGGGGAAGGGCAGCCCGGGGCCCGGAGCGGCCCACGGCCCCAACCCCGGCGAGGCCCAAGCCCCCGCCAUGCCCCAGCCCCGACGAGGCCCAGGCCCCGGCCUGGUCCACCUCGGAGGCCUCUAGGACCCGGAGGCGCCCGCCGGCGCGCUCGGCUCCCACAAAUAGACUCCUGGGCGGGCGCCUGAGCCCCAAAAAUAGAUCCUCAGGGCGGACGCCCGACCCCAAAGACAGACUCUCCGGCGGGCGCCAUGGGCCCGGGAGAAGCGGGUCACCGCGGGGCCGCCUCGCCGGUACCGCCGCCUUUCGCGCGCGUCGCGCCCUCUCUCUUCCUCGGGAGCGCGCGCGCCGCGGGCGCGGGGGAGCAGCUGGCGCGCGCAGGCGUCACGCUGUGCGUCAACGUCUCCCGCCAGCAGCCCGGCCCGAGCGCGCCUGGCGUGGCCGAGCUGCGCGUGCCCGUGUUCGACGACCCGGCCGAGGACUUGCUGGCGCACCUAGAGCCCACGUGCGCCGCCAUGGAAGCCGCGGUGCGCGACGGCGGCGCCUGCCUCGUCUACUGCAAGAAUGGCCGCAGCCGCUCGGCCGCCGUCUGCACCGCCUACCUCAUGCGGCACCGCGGCCUCAGCCUGACUCAGGCCUUCCAGAUGGUGAAGAGCGCUCGUCCGGUAGCGGAACCCAACCCAGGCUUCUGGUGUCAGCUCGAGAAGUAUGAGGAGGCCCUCCAGGCCCAGUCCUGCCUGCGGGGAGCGCCCCAGCCCUAGGCGUGGGUCCUGAAGCCUGAAGACGGGGCCCCGGGGGCCUGCUGCCUGGAGGAACGCUCCUGCACCCACACAGCAGGCAGCCUUUCCCCCCUGUCACGCUGAGCUUUCCUUUCUGUGUGCGUGAAAUCAUGCUUUUAAUUUUAUAUUUCUGGCUGAGCUGAGGAACAAAUUAUCUUACGGAUACAAAGAAAUACGUACGAAAAACACUGAAGACAAAUUAAGAAAAGCAAAGGGGUCCUUCAUUAUUUAUACCCAGGAAUCUUGAGUAUUUGGGAGUGCGGGCGCCUUCCCCCAGCCCCAGUGAAGGACCCGAGCACAGACUAUGGGAAUCAGAAUCUGAGUCAUAGGUGAAAUCAGGAAAAGCAGCUCCUCUUGCGUUUAUUUUUAGUAGUGUCAUAAGAACGGACUAGUUCUUCCUGCCUGACCACAGAUGCUUCUGUUUGAGAAAAUGCACACCACGUGGGACGCUUCUGUCAGGAGAGCAGUUGAUGAAGACACUGUUGAAGGGCAGCUUGGGUGACUGCGAUUCCUGCCUUCAGCGGCCCCUCUGCAGUAGAGCUGGAGCUGUCCCACAGGAGUCAGGGCAAUUAUGGACACCCUUUUUCUGUUACUGGAGAACCCCAGGACGUUAAGAAUUUCAAAAGUGAAUUCUUCUCCCAUAGCUUCUGUGGUGACAGAGUAUGGUGUUCCUGUAGUGAAAAGAAAGCCAGCUUUUUUUUUUUUUUUUUUUUUUUUUUUUCAUCCGGGGAGGAAGCAUGGUAGGUUAUAUGGUGUCCAUCUCUCCGGGAUAACAGUGUGGCACACAGACAGCAGGGUAAGAAAUAGCUUUAUACAUGUUUCCGUGGGAUGGCCAUUCUCAAUGUUCUCCAAUAAAUUGGGGUCAUCACAGGACUUGGAUGGAAGGUGUUGCAUUGUAAAUUACACUGGCAAUGAUACA